AUGGAUAUUGCCAUGGAAGAAUGGGCUCGUAGCAGUCUGCUGGUCAAUCGAUUGAAAAUAAUAGAUGAUCUGAAUGUAUCGUACAUCAUAAAUCACCUCAUUCAAGACAGAGUUAUCAGCAUAGAUGAAUCUGAAAUUAUCAAGCAUGAGAUUACUCACCGAUUCCAAGCAGCCAAGCUUCUCGACAUGCUUGGGAAAAAGAAUCAGUUUGCUUACUUCAGUUUUUACCGCUCCCUUGAGGAUUACUAUCCGCAUUUAGCGGAAUUACUCAAUAAUGACAUUCCAGAUGAUGAAAGAGAUGCUGCAAGCAUUCCUCAACGGAAGAUGAGUUAUAGUACCAUUGGUGCAGUGGAAUCAAUGCUGAUUGAAGGAGGAAUACCCCCUAGACCUCAUGUCUAUAUUGACAGACCAGAGGAGCUUGCCGAAAUAAGAAAAGCACUAUGGCAGUUGAAGGACCACGCAGGUUGGGUAAUGGUGCAUGGUAUGGGUGGCAGUGGUAAAACUGUCAUGGCAACAGAAGCUGUACGAGAUCAAGAAUUGGUAGCUGAAUGUUUUCCUGGUGGGGUAUUCUGGGCUCCAAUAUGUCAAAUUGACAGACCACAAUGUUUGAUGAAAAUGCAGAACUUGUGUGCCCGGCUGGACAAGGAAGAGAGAAAAGCUCCUCAGAAUAUUGAAGAAGCUAAAGAUAGACUUAGAACCAUAUUCCUGCAUCAGCAUCCCAGAUCUUUGUUGAUAAUUGAUGAUGUCUGGGAUAAGCAGGUGUGUAAAACGUUUGAUAUCCAAGCCAGAAUAAUGGUUACAACAAGAGACUCUACUGUCACAGAUCUUGUGUCUGGAAAAGUGAUCAAGGUUAAAAUCUCGCAAGGUUUAAAAGUAGAACAGUCUAAAGAAAUGCUGGCAAACUAUACAACAAUGGAGGUGGAUGACCUUCCUGAUGAAGCUGAUUCUUUAUUUGAAGAAUGUAAAGGUCUUCCACUCUGUAUUUCAAUGAUUGGCGCUUUACUACAAGAUCAUCCGAAUAGAUGGAAUUAUUACCUGAAACAAAUCCAAUCAAAAAGAUCAGAUCGUGUCCGUAAAGCUUCAGCGUACGAGUACGAAACACUGGAAGAUGCUAUCAGUAUGAGUAUUACUAAUCUACGCGAUGAAUUACGAGGGCUCUAUCAAGAUUUUGCUCUUUUUGAUGAGUCCACAAGAGUGCCAGCUUCAGUUUUGUCUAUUUUGUGGGAUGAAGAAAUUGAAAUAGUUGAAGAUACUAUGUUGGAAUUGGUUAAUAAAUCAUUAGCCAUGCAGAUAUAUGACAAAAUACAAAAAUGUUAUCGAUAUAGUGUUCAUAAUUUACAGUUGGAUGUACUUGUGAAAGAGUGUCCUGACAUAGCAGCUUUACACAGGAAGCUUGUCAAUCAAUAUCACAAGUCUUGUAAUGGUAACUACCACCAGCUGAAAAAUGAUUAUUAUAUUCAUUGGUAUUUAGCAAGACAUAUGAAACAAGCCAAAAUGGAUAAAGAACUCUGGAACCUUCUUCUAGACAUCCACUGGGUAGAAUCCAAAAUACAAGUUACCGGACCAUCUGAUUUGUUGACGGAGUACAUCAAGUUUACAGAUUCACUAGAACCACAGAGGGAAAUCGAAAGAAAGGAGUUUCUUCAUUUUGUCAGCGUCAAUGCACAUUUCUUUGCUGGGAAGGACGUCUAUGAUGUCACACAGCUAGCAUUAUGUCAGCCCGUGGAGAGUGCAGUUUAUAAGCAGGCAAAAGAAAGAGCAUUACGAAAACCAGAUCUAUUUUAUGUUGACUGGAGCAACAAAGAGAACUUUAGCUAUGCCUGUUUAUUAACAAAUAAAGUACAUGAUGAUGCCGUUAAGUGUGCUCAGUUCUCCUGCUGCGGCCAAAAAGUGGUCUCUUGUUCUGGCGACAAAACAGUGAAGGUUUGGGAUAGCCAAUCAGGUCAGGAGUAUUUAUCGCUUGAAGGACAUACAGACUUUGUUAACUGGUGUUGUUUCUCACCUGACUGCACCAUGGUUGCAUCUUGCUCUGAUGAUCAUACGGUCAGGGUUUGGAAUGUUCAGACUGGUGGCAUCAUCCACACACUCAAAGACCAUGAAGAGAAUGUAUACAUGUGUGAUUGGUCACAUGAUGGCAAAAGACUUGUAUCAUGUUCACAAGACUGGUACAUAAAGAUUUGGGACGUUAUUACUGGAGAAGUAUCAGUGGAGCUAUGUGAUGAUGACAAAGCAGUAAAGUGUUGUAGUUUCUCACUGGAUGAUCAGUUUCUUGUCAGCUGUUGUGAUGAUGUCGUUGUCAAGGUGUGGUGUAUAUCUACAGAAGAUGUUAUCGUGACUUACAAAGGACAUAAUACCAACAUCACAUCAUGCUGCUUCUCACCAGAUGGUCAGAAUAUUGCCUCAAGUUCAGAGUAUUUCAUACAGGUAUGGGUUGCUCGUACAGGGCAGCGACUGCACACAUGUGAAGCAAAGCCAUCUGUGUUUAUUCAGAACUGUGCCUAUUCUGCCAAAGGUGACUUAAUUGCUGCUGGUUUGUCAGAUUUCUCAAUACAGAUUUGGGACACCACAAGUUUCAAUACAAUGGCAGUGUAUAAAGGACACAGUGGUUGGGUUUACUGUGUGAGAUUUGAUCCAGCAGGUGAAAGAAUCAUAUCAGCUGCAGAUGAUGAAACUGUGAUGAUUUGGAGUGUUGAUGUCGGCCAAGACCAAGAGCUUGUUGGUUUAAAGAGAGACUUUACUGUUACAGUUACAGAUGAUGAUAACAUGGUUAUCGUAGUUCCAGAUAUUGCCAACAGAAUUCGGAUCAUCCAGGGUCAUAGUGGUGACAGUAAAUUGAAUCGUAGUUGUAGCGGUAUGACGCCAUGCGAGCAGUGUAGAAUACGAUGUUGUGCAAUCUCUUCUAAGGACGAAAUAGCUUAUGGUACAGACAAAGGUCAAGUUAAGGUGAUAUCAUUUGGUGGUGAAAUACUACAUAACUAUCCAGAAGGUCACACUGGUCCAGUCAGAUCGUGUUGUUUCUCGCAGGAUGGUAAAGUACUUGUUACGUGCUCUGAUGACAAUACCAUUAAGAUCUGGAAAGACCGCGGUGAUAGCGUAGAUCCAACUGUCUGUAUAGGACAUAGAGACAUUGUCAGGAAGUGCCAGUUAUUUGAUAAUGACACAAAAAUUCUCUCAUCGUCUUAUGAUGGCACUUUAAAGGUUUGGGAUGCUCGGAGUGGAUUGUUGUUGUUUUCAUGUGAUGGACAUAAAGAAUGGGUUCUGUCAUGUGAUAUAUCACCUGAUGAGUCUUUACUACUCUCCACUUCAGUCGACCGCACUGCCAAGCUGUGGAAUGCUUCAAAUGGCGAGUUGGUACACUUGUUGAAGGGGCACAGAGAUUGCGUCAGAAGUAGUGGAUUUUCGGCGGAUAGUAAACUGGUUGCUACUGGUGAUGAUGAAGGGAUAAUCAAGAUUUGGAGUACAUCGACCGGGAAACACAUCAGUAACUGUGCAAGACAUAACUGUUGGGUCACAGAUAUCCAAUGGUCACCUGAUAGCAAAAAUCUUGUUUCUGUGAGUGAGACAAUCAAAUGGUGGCAAGUGGAUGGUAAAUGUUUGCAAACAUUCCCAGUAAAGGGUAGUUUCACCAAGUAUAUCGGGGUGGUUGACAAUUUCAAGACCUUCAUCACGAUUGAUAGUGCUGGCAUACUGUACAUAUUGCCGAAGGUGGAGGCGUGCAUGAAUGCGAAUGGUGAACACUGAUACUGACACAUCAUAUUUGAUGCCACUCACCCCUGUGGAAUAAUGGUAUAUCCUGUAAGAAAUAAUUACCUUAGCCAAUUAGAAACAAUGAUAUUUCCAUCAAAAUUUAAUCCUGAAUAAACUACCGGGGUACUAGAGAAUUAAUUCUUUCUGAAAAUAUUUACGGCAGUCAACUUAUAUACUACUUGUAUGUUAUGUUACAAUAAUCCUGAUGCUUUUAGGUUGAAUUUACCGCAAAUUGCUUAUACUUCCCAUUGAAAGCGCACAAUUAUAUGACGAUCUGGGAUACGGGACA